AAAAACAAACACAAAUAGAAUUAUUUUAGCUACAAUGGCUUCAAGAAAACCAUCGGUGAGGCACCCUAGCCACAACCAUCCAUUGCGCGGCCACAAAGCCCUAGCUGAAGAAGAGAUCAUCUGCUCUGGCUGCGACCUAGACCUAAUAGGUGCAGCUUUCAAAUGCACAAAGUCGGAAUGUGAUUACUUCUUACACAAGUCAUGUUUUGAACUUCCGCGUGAGACACGCCACAAGUCUCACCCUGAUCACCCACUGACCCUGCUUUAUUCACCACCGUACGAGUCCUCAACUUACGAGUGCAGCGCGUGCAGUGAGUAUGGAUCAGGGUUCGUUUACAACUGCUCCAUCUGCCAGUUUGAUUUACAUGUCGGGUGCAUAUCUAUGCCUGAGUCCGUGGAGCGUGAAGGACAUGCGCAUCCUCUAACGUUGCUAUACUGUUCUCCUUACACGAACGGUUUGAUUUUCAACUGUGACGUAUGUCAAGAGACGGUUCCUGAUCAUCUAUGGUCUUAUUAUUGCAAGGAAUGUGACUACGGCACGCAUUUGCAUUCUUGUGAAGUAGAAGAAGAGGUGGAACCAAAGAGAGGAGCAGGAGGAGGAGGAGGAAAGGCGAGUACAAGUGGGAAUAGAGGAGGAGGAAGAGGCUCGGCUGCUUCGGAGUUAGCUGCAAUGCUUGAAGCUCAAAGGGAGAUGGAAAGGAUGCAGAUUGAGUUACACAUGGAGAUGCAAAGAGCUAAGAUUGCGAAGAAAGCGAGAAAAGCUUGUCUCAAGUUGAUAUAAAAAUAUG